CGUUCAUUCACUUCCGAUCCCUACAGUACUUCGGGCGUAUCUGGCAAUGUUUCCGCCCGAGAGACGGAAUUAAUCCUAAAGGAGAAGGAAUUUCGGUUGAAAUCUCGAAAUCUCGAACAACAGCUUGCGACUGUAUCUCAAAAGGAGAGAGAAGCUGCCAAGUUGCUCGAAGAAUGCAAAGAACGGCUGGCGAGAACCACCAUAAGACAGCUUGAAGACUAUUUUACGUGCCCAUUGUGUUUUGAGACCAUGGCGUGCCCAUAUAGUUUGAACCCACGACAGUGCGGGCAUACCUUCUGCGCCACCUGCAUUCUGAAAUGGUUCUUCUCCCGAUUGCAUCGUGUGUGUGGCAGCUGGCAUGAACCCGUGGACUGUCCCAUGUGUAGGACUGCUCUAUUUUACACUCCCGAUAACGUUCCGCGUCCAGAAUCUUCGUUCCCUUUUACACCAAACAGAGCGGCUGAUAACGCAAUUCGCGGCAUGAUCAAUACUCUCGCGAAGGAGGCUGACUCUGGAAAUGUCCCUGCAUCUAGCCCGCUUGCUGACUGGGGAACGGAUGGUCACGCAAAGAAAGAAUGGUGUCGAAAAGAAAGAGUUGGACGCUAUGAGAUGAUAUCUCUUGCUACAUCGUGGGCGAACAUGCACGGGGAUGAAUUCGUCACCAUCAAAAGCAGACUUGAAGUAUGA